AUGCGUAAGGCUUAUAAAGAUUUACAAUUCAUGAAAAAUGCUGAAAAUGGAAAAAAUAAAAAGAUAAUCAACAACAACAGCAGUAACAGCAAUCUCCAGUCUCUCAACAAGCUCAACAGGCACAGCAACAGCCCCAGCAACAACAACAACCACAGGCUCAACAGCAGCAGCAACAAGCAUCGCAACAACCACAGCAACAGCCUCAGCAGCAACCUGUACCCCAGCAACAAGCACAACAGCAGCCGCAUCAGCAACAAGCCGGAUCCCAGCAGUCUCCCGCUAGCCAACAACAAUCGAGCAUACAGUACAGCCAGACUGCUAAUCAGCCUCAUCAGUCCCAGAGCAAUUUCAAUAUUUCUGAGCACCACUCCCCAGCCUCAAGUGUACACUACCCAAUCUGCUACAUCAAUUACCUCACCGAGUGGUUCUUCAAUGAAACCUACAACUCCUUCAUCAGAGGAUGAAGCAACUGUUCAACCAAGGACUACACGUUCUGGACGUCAUGUGCAUUUUCCCGCAAGAUAUCGUUGA